CUUUUCCGAGAAAACACCAAAUGGCGGAUGACGCCGGUGCAGCGGCAGGGCCCGGAGGCCCCGGAGGCCCUGGAAUAGGAGGCCGCGGCGGCUUCCGUGGAGGCUUCGGCAGCGGCAUUCGGGGCCGGGGUCGCGGCCGGGGGCGGGGCCGGGGCCGGGGCCGCGGAGCUCGCGGAGGCAAGGCCGAGGACAAGGAGUGGAUGCCCGUCACCAAGCUGGGCCGCCUGGUUAAGGACAUGAAGAUCAAGUCGCUGGAGGAGAUCUAUCUGUUCUCCUUGCCCAUCAAGGAGUCUGAGAUUAUUGAUUUUUUCCUGGGGGCAUCUCUCAAAGAUGAGGUUUUGAAGAUUAUGCCGGUGCAAAAGCAGACCCGAGCUGGCCAGCGGACCAGGUUCAAGGCGUUUGUUGCCAUCGGGGACUACAAUGGCCACGUCGGUCUGGGUGUUAAGUGCUCCAAGGAGGUAGCCACUGCCAUCCGAGGGGCCAUCAUCCUGGCCAAGCUGUCCAUUGUCCCCGUGCGGAGAGGCUACUGGGGGAACAAGAUCGGCAAGCCCCACACUGUCCCUUGUAAGGUGACAGGCCGCUGUGGCUCUGUGCUGGUACGUCUCAUCCCUGCCCCUAGAGGAACUGGCAUCGUCUCAGCCCCUGUGCCCAAGAAGCUGUUGAUGAUGGCUGGCAUUGAUGACUGCUACACCUCAGCCAGGGGCUGCACUGCCACCUUGGGCAACUUCGCAAAGGCCACCUUUGAUGCCAUCUCCAAGACCUAUAGCUAUCUGACUCCUGAUCUCUGGAAAGAGACAGUAUUCACCAAGUCUCCCUACCAGGAAUUCACUGACCAUCUUGUCAAGACCCACACCAGAGUCUCUGUGCAGAGGACCCAGGCUCCUGCUGUGGCCACGACAUAGCAUUUUUAUACAAGAAAAAUAAAGUGAAAUUAAGCCUGUUAAUG